AUUAAGUGCAUUAAUAUGAAAUUGUUGAUAUUUUUCUCCAUUUGUCUGCUAUGGAGCCAGGUGUCUUGUGCUAUACAUGAAGACUGGGGUUUAAAUAUUUUCCAAUUGUUGGAUAAAUACCAGUACUCGUACGAGGCUCACACAGUGGUGACCGAAGAUGGAUACGUUUUGGGCAUCCAUAGGAUCACGUCCGCCCGCUACCACAAGAACGACAACGGUACAAAACCUGUGGUACUGAUAUACCACGGCUUGGAAAGUAGCAGCGCAGAUUUCGUCAACAGCGGACCUGAAUCAGGUACUGCACUUCGGUUGGCCGAUAAAGGAUAUGACGUUUGGUUGGGCAAUUGCAGAGGGAACACUUGGUCCGAAAAGCACUUGACUCUUGACAGUGACACCAGGGAGUUCUGGGACUUCAGCUUUCAUGAAAUAGGCAACUACGAUUUGCCUGCAGUUAUCGAUUACAUAUUGGGUAACACAGGAAAGGAAAAGUUGAGUUAUGUAGGACAUUCGCAGGGCACAACUAUCUUCUUCGCCUGUAUGGCCAGUAGACCUGAGUACAAUGACAAAAUAACGCUUAUGAUCGCCUUGGCUCCUGUGGCCCAUAUGACCCACAUGACACAUCCACUUGUAAGAUUUAUGGGCAACCCCAUUAUCAAUCUUGGUUUAGGUUUUGGUAUUCACGCCUUGAAAUUCUACAACAUUCUCCCACAUUGGGAGAUCGUUACAUUGCUUGGUGGGCUUGUGUGCAAUGACGAAUCAAGUUUGCAGUUCCUGUGCGCCGGUGUAUUAUCUUUCAUGGGUGGAAUGAAUGAAGCACAACUGAAUAAGACUUUCAUGCCCGUCAUUGUGACUAGUGCUCCAGCAGGAACGUCUCACAAACAGAUGAUGCAUUAUAUUCAAGAAAUGCGUUCAGGACAUUUUAGGCCUCAUGACUAUGGACUCGUAAAAAACAGACAAUUAUAUGGGCAAAACAAACCAAAAGAUUACAACGUUAAAAAAAUCACAGCACCUGUAGCACUACUUUAUGCUAAUAAGGAUUUGUUUGCCGAAGCUUGUGAUGUGGAACAACUGAAAAAUGAACUUCCUAAUGUGGUGACGUUUAAAAAAGUUGACCUGGAAGAUUUUACACAUUUAAACUUUUUAUGGGCAAUUGAUUUAAACAAAUAUGUAAACAAUGAUGUUAUUGCUUUGCUGGAUGAACACAACAAUAAAAUCGAUCCUUCGGAUAUUGGACUUGAUAUUUUUUUGGAAAAAUAUAAUUACCCAGUGGAAACACACGAAAUCAUCACGGAUGAUGGCUACAUCCUGCACAUGCAGCGAAUCCCGACUGGAAGAAAUGGCGCCUACAGCGAAUCGGGGAAGCCCCCAAUUCUCUUGGUGCACGGCUUGGGAAGCAGUGCGAUGGACUUCGUCAAUUACGGUCCCGGCAAAGCUAUCGGACUAAUGCUGGCGGAUUCGGGUUACGAUGUUUGGUUGGCGAACUGUCGAGGUAACACUUGGUCUAGGAAUCACACCACUUUGGACCCUACCCAAAGAGAAUAUUAUCAGUUUAGUUUUCAUGAAAUAGCCUAUUACGAUUUACCAGCAGAAAUUGAUUAUAUCUUAAAGGAAACUGGCAAAGAGCAAGUAUCUUACAUCGGUCAUUCCCAAGGGACAACAGUUUCCUUCAUCAUGGGGGCUACGAGACCAGAGUACAACAAAAAAAUUAGCAUCAUGGCGGCCUUGGCACCGUCAACGUACGCACAAAAUAUGUCACAUCCUUUGGUACAAUUAGGAUCUAAUCCACUUAUUUCAUUGGUUCUUGGCUUUGCAGCUGAAGCAAUUAAGAUGCAUUUGUUGGUACCCCACUAUGACAUUUUUACCGAUGUAGGUAGACUUUGUCAAACUGAAAAUUCAUUAGUCAAGAUGGUUUGCGAACAAGGGUUUUAUCUUAUUGGUGGGCGAGACGAAGAACAACUUGUUUAUGAUAUCAUUUCAAUUGCACUUUCUAAUGCACCAGCUGGAUUUUCCUACAAACAAGGUUUUCAUUAUUUGCAACUUGUUCAUUCAGGAUUUUUUAGACCUUAUGAUUAUGGAGUAACAGCAAACAGACAAAAGUACGGCAACAGGGUUCCUCCCAGUUACAAUUUAAAGAAGGUAACUGCUCCAGUUGCUCUAUACUACGGAGCAAACGAUUGGCUUGCAGGUCUUGUUAAUGUUGAACGACUAAAGUCAGAAUUGCCUAAUUGCGUUAAGGCGAAACUGAUAGAAUUCGAUAAAUGGAUGCAUCUGGAUUUCCUUUGGGCCAAAGAUGUGGUGGAGUUGUUGAAUAACGACCUGAUUGCAUUAUUCGACGAAUACAAUAAUGUUACAAGAACUACUGAACUACCUGGGGACGACACAAGCCCCUCUACUAUUUCUAGUACAAGUGAUGCCUCCCCUAUUUCUUCUCAAUUGCCUGAUGAUGAUGCGAAUACUAGUUCAACUACUACAUCUAGAACUACCACUGGCAAUCCUAGCCCUGGCGCAGGAACUGCCGUAUAUUCUAGUAUUGUAAUGAUGCUUUUGAUCAUUGUACACUUUAUGUAAAAAAUAAAUGAGUUUACUUAAAAUUUAAAUAUGUUUUUUAUAUAAAG